UAUAUAACCGGAGGAAUGGAGAGAGACCGGAUCACAGCCUUGAAGAGAUCCUUUGAGGUGGAGGAAGUCGAGCCGCCCAACUCCACCCCACCCUGGAGAGUCCAGACUCCCCUUCUCCGCUCCACGGUGGCCAGCUCCACCCACAAGUUCCAAGACCUGGGUGUGAAGAACUCGGACCCCGCGGGCCGCCAUGUGGACUCCCUGAGCCAGCGCUCGCCCAAGGCAUCGCUGCGGAGGGUGGACCUCCCCGGCUCCAAGGCCCCCGAGCCUGUGUCUCGACGCACCGAGCUCUCCAUCGACAUCUCCUCCAAGCAGGUGGAGAAUGCCGGGGCCGCCGGCCCCUCCCGAUUUGGGCUCAAGAGGGCUGAAGGGCUGGGCCACAAGACGCCAGAGCCGACCCCUCGCAGGACGGAGAUCACCCUGGUCAAGGCCCAGGAGUCAGCCCACCGCAGGAUGGAGGCGCCCGCCGCCGUCGACGCAGCCCCGAAGCGGAUGGAGAUCCAGAUGCCCAAGCCAGCCGAGGCUCCCGCCUCUCCCCUCCCGCCACAGACCCUGGAGAGUUCCGAGCUCCCCAUGUCCCAGCUGCAGAGCCAGCUGGAGCCCAAGCUCCCUGCCGCCGAGGGCCCGCCCAGGCACCCGGAGCCCUCUGAAGCGGCUCCCAGCUGUGUGGGCGACAUGGCGGACACCUCCCGAGACGCCAUGCUCAAGCAGGCGCCCGCGCCGCGGAAUGAGAAGGCCCCGGUGGACUUCGGCUACGUGGGGAUCGACUCCAUCCUGGAGCAGAUGCGCAGGAAGGCCAUGAAGCAGGGCUUCGAGUUCAACAUCAUGGUGGUCGGGCAGAGCGGCUUAGGGAAGUCCACGUUAAUCAAUACUCUCUUCAAGUCGAAAAUCAGCCGGAAGUCGGUGCAGCCCUCUUCUGAGGAGCGCAUCCCCAAGACCAUCGAGAUCAAGUCCAUCACCCACGAUAUUGAGGAGAAGGGUGUUCGCAUGAAGCUGACGGUCAUCGACACGCCCGGCUUCGGAGACCACAUCAACAAUGAGAACUGCUGGCAGCCCAUCAUGAAAUUCAUCAACGACCAGUAUGAGAGGUACCUGCAGGAGGAGGUCAACAUCAACCGCAAGAGGCGGAUCCCAGACACGCGCGUCCACUGCUGCCUCUACUUCAUCCCCGCCACCGGCCACUCCCUCAGGCCCCUGGACAUCGAGUUCAUGAAGCGCCUGAGCAAGGUGGUCAACAUUGUCCCUGUCAUCGCCAAGGCCGACACGCUGACCCUGGAGGAGAGGGCCUACUUCAAACAGCGGAUCACGGCGGACCUGCUCUCCAACGGCAUCGACGUGUACCCCCAGAAGGAGUUCGACGAGGACUCCGAGGACCGGCUAGUAAACGAGAAAUUCCGGGAGAUGAUUCCAUUUGCUGUGGUGGGCAGCGACCACGAGUACCAAGUGAACGGCAAGAGAAUCCUGGGGAGGAAGACCAAGUGGGGCACCAUCGAAGUGGAGAACACCAUGCACUGUGAGUUUGCCUACCUGCGGGACCUCCUCAUCAGGACGCACAUGCAGAAUAUCAAGGACAUCACCAGCAGCAUCCACUUCGAAGCGUACCGCGUGAAGCGGCUCAACGAGGGUCACAGCACCAUGGCCAAUGGCAUGGACGAAAAAGAGUCAGAAGCCCAGGAGAUGUAGACGCCACCCGCGCCCGGGACCCUGCCCCCGACUCCUCCAGUCCCCCCAGGCCCACCCCCCGCCCCGUCUUAUUUUAUAUCACUUCUUCCACGUGUUCUGCUCCGACCCUCCCCACGCAGCCGGGUUCCACGUGGGGACACCUCCUCAGUGUGUCAGUGCCACAGCUCACCGGCUGUGGCGCAGGCCGGGCAGGGCCCCGCCGGGCCUCGCCCAGGACUGGAGAGGCUGGACAGUGGCUGGAGGAAAGGACCCAGGAAUCUGACCCUCCACCCCCGCCCCCCGGGGAGCCAGAAAGCUUGUCUGUGCCCCCCGCCCCCCGCAUUCCGACUUGCAGGGACCAGACCCCUCCGUCCUGUAGGCAGUGACCGGGAAGGACACGGCCCAGCCAGGUGAACCCGGAGCCCCCCCCCCCAUGGCACGGGCCACAACUCAGAGAGCCCCUCGCUCACUGCUCCCAAGGGGAGGCUAGAAAAUUACGCAACCCAGUUUCCACGAUGGCUUGGACGGGCCAGAUCCCCCGGCCCCACCCGGAAGCCGUACUGAAGCAGAAAGUGCCUUGAUCCUAGCCGUUGGCCGCGCAUGCGCCCGGCGGACCCCUCCCCCUCCCCCAGCCAGAAACAGGGACAGACUGCAGGGAGGGACUCAUCUGGUCCCCAUCCUCCCCCCCCCACCUCCAGACGUAUGGCUCUGGGUAAUAGGUUCAGAGAGGGCCCCUCCACACCCUGAGUCUUGGGAAAGCCCGAGUGAGUGCUUCUGGUGGAGGAGUUGAAGAAGAAAGCCAGGAAAAGGUGCUGGAAGGAAGAUGGGGCACGGGUGGGACCUGCCCUACCUGGAUGUGGGGGAGGGAGGUCUGUCUGUCUGUCUGGUCUUUGGUUUGGCCAGAGAUGCUGGUUACUCUGACGCUGAGUCUCGCCACCUCCAGAAGCGUAUCUGCAUGCGGGAGCGGCCCACCCGGCCCACCGCCUGCGGUCUCCUGUGCCCUCGGGCCAGACCCCCGGGGCGGGAGGACCAAGGGCUGGCGUGCAGCAGGGUCGUGAUGACACCCUGGGCCUGCGCCCCAGGGAGACCCCCCCCCAGCUGCCAUCACUUCCUUCCCUCCGGCCUCCCCUCCCCCCCGCCUCCACCGGGCGUGUGUGUCCCGGACCCCGGGAGCCCGCGCGGAUGGUGGGAGGCGUGGGGGGCGUGCAUGCCAGCGUGUGUGCGCGUGUGUUCCUGCGUUGGGUGGCAGCCAUCCCCACCCGAGCUUGGCGAGACCCGCCCCACCCUCAGCUCAACAGUUUACUUGCCAACUUGCCAUGUUUUCUGUUUUUUGCCAAAACCAAGACUUUGAACGAAGUGUCCAGCACCAGGGCCCAGUCCGGGGGUCCCGGGAGAGGGGGGGCACAGCAUCCCAGGUUGGGAUGGCUCUGUGCCCCUCUCUGAACCCAGAGUUUGAAAGCUCCCCUUCACCGGCUGACCCAUGAUGGCCUUUGCUAUGUGCCUCCUGAGAAUUCGUCUUUUUGUAUAAAUGACAACCGUGUUGAAACGUAUUUCCUGAAAUAAAGGUUUCUAAUGCAAUCUCC